UCAGUGUCAUUUUUUAAAUCAUCUUUAAUAGAAUUUUUCUAUCAGGGGGAUGAAUUUGAGCUGUCAAAAGUUUCUAUUCAAUGAGACGUUUCAUCUGUAUCAUAAAUAUAAUUUAGCUGAGGCAUUUUUCAAAGAUUCUAAUGUGACAGAAAAAUUAAAAAUUUGGUGCGGCAAUGAAUUCAGAGAGGGUAAUUUGUCAGCUGAUGAAGUUGAAAUAAAACAAAUUCCUUGUUCAAUAAUGAGCAUGACUUUUUUUGACAAAUUAAAAAAUCCAGAUAACAAUAUUAUUCAUGCUACAGGGAAUAUUCGGCAAAAAUUUGAUGACUUUAUUGAUGGAAUUUUAGUGUCGGAUAAUUUACGAGCGAUGUUAUUGGAUGAAGAAUCUAACGAGUACAAUCUUUAUACUCAAGACGAGCGCAAUGAAUUUAUAUUCAAAUUGUUUCAAUUGUUGGUAAUUGGUGGUGAGUAUUGUCAAUAUGAAAAUGACCUGGAUAAUUAUUUAGACUUGACCAAAAGUCUCUACAAAGAUUUCGUAAGAAUUCAGAAACAAGAAAACAAUUUGUUCAUUACAACAAUCGUGUUGGAAGUAAUUGCAAAAAGUAAUGAUGUGCCGUACUUCCCACAUAAGCCGGAACAUAAGCAAAACAUUGGAUUUUUUUUAAUAGACCCUACAAGUCGGGAAAUAAAAACAAUUCUUCAUCAAUAUGGGAAUUAA